GUGAUAAUAAGCAAAGGCGCGACUAGAAGAGGAGUCUCAGCUCAAUCUCUCAUAGGUUUUUAUUUAUUUAUUAAUUUUAUUUUUAUUAAUUAUUUUGUGUUUUCAAACGGAAAAAAAGAAAAAGAAAAUUUGGGAAGAACUCUAGAAAUGGGCAAUUGCUGCUCCGGCGACGCCGGUGGCCGGUCGGCAGUCGGCGGCACCGCUGCUUCUCAUGCCAAUCCGAACGCAGGUCCAAACGACGCCGUUGAAAGAUUCCUUCUGUAUCGCGGCUUACAGGGCUGCUUCUCUCAGAUCGAGUUAUCUUUAUCUGCUUCCAGCUUACGCGAUCGAGAUGUGUUCUCCAAGAGUGAUCCUAUGGUGGUUAUUUAUACUAAAGGGAGGGAUGAAACACUUAUAGAGAUUGGUCGUACUGAAGUAAUUUUAAAUUCAGUAGAUCCUACAUGGAUCAUAAAACAUACCAUCACUUAUCAUUUUGAGGUUGUGCAGUAUUUGGUGUUUCGAGUAUAUGACAUUGACACUCAGUUUCAUAAUGUAGAUGUGAAGAUGCUAAAACUUGAUGAGCAGCAAUUUCUUGGAGAGGCAACUUGUGCACUGUCUCAGAUAAUGAUUACACAAGACAGGUCAUUGACCAUAGAUCUUAUGCACAGAGAGGAUUCCACCAGAGCAACUCGUCCUCGUCACUGUGGAAAGAUUACUGUUCGUGCUGAGGAAUCUGUUAGCUCAAAGACUACAGUGGAGAUGAUACUAAGUUGUAUAGAUUUGGAAUACAAGGAUCUCUUUUCAAGAAGUGACCCUUUUUUAGUAAUCUCGAAGGUUGUAGACAGAGAUGUCACAAUUCCAAUAUGCAAAACAGAAGUUUUAAAAAAUGAGCUUAAACCACAAUGGAAGCCAAUAUAUUUGAGUAUUCAACAAGCUGGAAGCAAGGAUCAGCAACUCAUAAUAGAGUGUUUCAAUUUCAAUAGCAAUGGAAAACAUGACUUGAUUGGAAAAGUUGAAACAUCAUUAGCAGACUUGGAAAAACUUCAGUUCAGUAAGCAAGGCGAAAAUUUAUAUUUACCAACUGCUGUUGGACAUCAUCAUGAGAACAAGGUAUUAAAGAGCCGGUUAUUUGUUGACAAGUUUUCUGAGAGUGUUCAACAUACCUUCCUGGAUUACUUAGCAGGGGGAUUUGAAUUGAACUUUAUGGUCGCUAUUGAUUUCACAGCUUCAAAUGGAAAUCCUCGCUUGCCUGAUUCCUUGCAUUAUAUAGACCCUUCAGGACGUCCAAAUGCAUACCAGAGAGCAAUCAUUGAGGUUGGCGAAGUGGUACAGUUUUAUGAUACAGAUAAGCGCUUUCCAGCAUGGGGAUUCGGUGCCCGCCCAAUUGAUGGUCCAGUGUCUCAUUGUUUCUACUUGAAUGGAAGUAGUCAUUACUAUGAGGUGGAAGGAAUUCAAGGAAUUAUGACAGCAUAUGCGGGUGCCCUACGUAAUGUUUCUCUUGCAGGGCCAACUCUAUUUGGGCCUGUGAUUAGUUAUGCUGCAUCAAUUGCCAGCCAGUCUCUUGCAAAUGGUGGACGGAAAUACUACGUUCUGUUAAUAAUCACAGAUGGAGUAGUAACGGAUCUUCAAGAAACCCGAGAUGCCAUUGUAAAAGCAUCUGAUCUACCACUUUCAAUCCUUAUCGUCGGAGUCGGAGGAGCUGAUUUUAAAGAGAUGGAGAUUUUAGAUGCUGACAAGGGAGGCAGACUUGAAAGCUCAUCGGGACGUGUUGCUUCUCGUGAUAUUGUCCAGUUCGUUCCAUUCCGAGAUGUACAAAGUGGAGAAAUUUCUGUUGUUCAAGCUCUACUAGCAGAAUUGCCUUCUCAAUUUCUGACCUACAUGCGAACCAGAGAUAUUAAACCAAAUGUAUAAUCCUUUAAAUUGUAAAUAUGAAAAUCAAUUUUCCAAUAUUGAUCUUCAUGCAUUUGGGGGGGGGGAAGAACUUUUCUUUUUAAUGCUGCAUGGUAAGAUCCCUGGUUUUAUUGUGAAGAAUGGUUUUAAUUCGUAUGGUCAAACAUUUGGACUGGACUGAGAUAAAGGUGGCUGUAAAAUUUUCCAUUGGCCUUUAUGAAGACUGGGCAAAAGUUCUGCACUGAAAUCACACGACAACGUAAAGGAUUGCUGGGACAAAGAAAAUUGAAGCUGGGGUUGGAGAAAAUGUUUAAUUCUCUUAAAAAAAUCCAAAAACAAAAAAAAUAGUGCAAAAUUAGAAAUUCAGGUCUUGAAUUUUCUCAGUCAAAUCUUCAAAGUUGAGGCAGCACUCUCCUCUCCUCGUCUAUUUCUCUUGUACACGACAACUUUGGUGUGCAUACUUUUUUAAUGAAUUUGAUUGAUUGAC